AUGAAGAGUCAGAUCGCCUUUCUUGCCUUUGCCGUGGCCGGGGCUUUGGCAAGCCCAGCGCCCAUAAAGGGCAAGAGCAAUGCCGUCUCAGAGGUUGACGACCUGGGCACCGCUGACUCCUCCGGCCUGGACGACACCCCCCCCACGACGCAGUUCCCCGAUGAUGGCUUAGGAUCGACUGACCCAGCCGACUCGGGCUUCGGCUCCGGGUCCGGCGACGCCGGCACGGGCACGGGCAUCGACAGCGUCGGUGAUGGCUCCGUGGCUGACGCCGGCUCUUCCACUGCCGGCUCUUCCAGUACCGGCUCUUCCGCUGCCGCUGGUGGCACGAUAGGGACGUGCAAGAAGAAGAAGAACACGUGCGUUGUGAAGAAGACCAAGAGCGCCGACACGAGCGACCUGGUGAGGCGCAUCAUCGACGAGUUGGUCAGCAAGGCCAAGGGCAAGGGCAAGGGCAAGGGCAAGUGCUCCAAGGCCGCACCGUGUACCCGGGACGGCAACUCGUGCUCGCUGUCGGGAAAAACUGCCGAGUGCACUUAG